AUGUCAUCAGCUAUAACAUCGACAAGAAUAUCGGACACACCGAUAAUUAUCAUUUGCGGCAUGCUACGUACAGGUACAACUUUACUCUAUAAUUUGCUGGCAUGCGAUCCCAACGGUCGAGCACCACUUGUUACCUAUACGUCAGUAGAACCUAUUCCACCAGUUUUGCGUUCGAAUGUUGAAGAGCAUAAACGUCGCGAGCAAGCUAAUCAAAUCUUUGGAAAAGAAACCCUUGAAGUCGCUGGUUGUACCGAUCCUGAAAGAACUAAUAGCUCGGCAUCCCAUGCUGAAUUUGCUAUUGAAGAAGAUAUUUUACUUCAGAUGGAAGCUGGAUUGGGCUAUGCAUUCGGCCUUCUAGCUCCUGAAAAUGAUGAAGUCUUCGAAUGGCUGGAUGGUACGACCAAUAAAGACUUUGCCUAUGACUAUCAUUCAACAGUCUUACAAAUGUUGCAUGAUGUUGAUCCAUCUCGUUCACAUUGGGUGCUCAAGUCCCCAGCGCAUAUACUUUGGAUUGAUACUUUGUUAAAAUAUUAUCCACAUGCAUCACUUAUUAUGUCCCAUCGACGACUCCAAGAGGUAUUUCCUUCAGGUUGUCGCCUAGUACUUGCUUGA